AUGUACAGCGAGAGCGUGGAUGUGGUGGGUUUAAGCCCCACUCCCAGCAGCCCCAGCCCUGGCUCCUUCCUCAGCAUGGACUACUACCACAGACCCCCGGGGCUCGGCCCGGACAAGGGCCUGCUGGCCGGGGUUGGGGGUCUUCAGAGGCCGUUUGGGGGAUCUCUGGUCACCGGGAGGCAUUGGAGCGGAUCCAGUCACUCCAUAGAAACUGAAAGCACGAGUUCAGGGGAAGACCUCCUAGUGCCCAGCCCCCCUUCACCGCCCCCUCCUCCCCGCAUCUACAAGCCUUGUUUUGUCUGUCAGGACAAAUCUUCUGGAUACCACUACGGAGUCAGUGCUUGCGAAGGAUGCAAGGGUUUUUUUCGACGAAGUAUCCAGAAGAAUAUGGCGUACACAUGUCACAGAGACAAAGUGUGUGUCAUCAACAAAGUGACACGGAACCGCUGUCAGUCCUGCCGGCUGCAGAAAUGCCUGGAUGUCGGCAUGUCAAAAGAGUUGGUACGUAAUGACCGAACAAAAAAGAAGAAGGAGGAUAAGAAGCAGGCUGAACCCGAGGUGUACGUGCUGUCUGCGGAGACAGAGGAGAUGAUCGAGAGAGUACGACGGGCACACCAGGGCACUUUCCCUUCACUGGGGCAGCUCGGCAAAUACACUACGAACAACAGUGCAGAGCAUCGAGUAGCUCUCGAUGUCAACCUAUGGGACAAGUUCAGUGAGCUGUCCACCAAAUGCAUCAUAAAGACUGUGGAGUUCGCCAAGCAGCUCCCCGGCUUCACCACACUGUCCAUCGCCGACCAGAUCACGCUGCUCAAAGCCGCCUGCCUCGACAUACUGAUUCUGAGGAUCUGCACACGCUACACUCCGGACCAGGACACCAUGACGUUCUCAGACGGCCUGACGCUGAACCGCACACAGAUGCACAACGCAGGCUUCGGCCCCCUCACAGACCUGGUCUUCUCCUUUGCCAGUCAGCUGCUGCCGUUGGAGAUGGAUGAUGCAGAGACAGGGCUGCUCAGCGCCAUCUGCCUGUUGUGUGGAGAUCGGCAGGACUUGGAAGAGGGAGACAAGGUGGAUGUUCUACAGGAGCCUUUGCUUGAGGCCUUAAAGAUUUACGUUCGGCGGCGGAGGCCUGAAAAGCCCUGUAUGUUUCCCAAGAUUCUCAUGAAGAUUACUGACCUCAGGAGCAUCAGUGUGAAGGGAGCCGAGCGCGUGAUCACCCUGAAGAUGGAGAUCCCUGGCUCCAUGCCUCCACUUAUCCAGGAGAUGUUAGAGAACUCUGAGGGCGAUGGACAGAAGGGGCACGGUGCAGGAGGGAAGGGGAGAUCACCCAGAGGAGACACGAGCGCUCUCAACUCGCCCAGCGCCUCCCCACAGUCCUCCCCCAUGCCCUGCUCCUCCCCCUGCUCCCCCAUGGCCACCCCCUCCACAUGA